AUUUCAGAGAUUCAUCAUGAGACAUCUUGUGUUUCUUCUGUCACUUUCUUCUGUAUGUUUCUUCACGCGGAGUGAAAUUGCAGAUAAUAAUUUUAGUAAAUGCAAAAUGUUCUUUUUGAACAACGCACCUCCUGACUUCACACCACCAGCGGGCGUUUCGGUCAAGCCCAUCUGUCAGUGUCUUUGGGAUGACAAUGAUCAGCAACUUUAUCUUUUUGCAACUUUGUACAGCACGACCUGGAAGAUCCCCGUCUACUCUGCGUAUCUGUUUGGCAGCCCAAAUAUUGGGAGAUGUGAUGCCUGGUACAUUGAACCUCAGCUGGAUGGAGAAGAUGAGCCUUGUAUGCGGCCUAAAGGCCGAAAUAGAGGUAUUGGCACUAAUCAGGCUCUGAAUAGUGAUUAUAAGAACUCUGGCUAUAACAAAGGUCACCUCUAUCCUGUGCUCCACACCAGCAAUCAUCUGUCUAUGCUGGCCACAUCCACACUGACCAACGUGGCUCCGCAAAAGUCAGAUUUCAAUCAGAAUGCUUGGCUGAGACAUGAGGAAGCUAUAAAAGAAGACCUCAAAUCCUGUGAUGAGGCUUAUGUGGUGACUGGUGUAGUUCCUGACACAGAAGCCCCCAAAUUGAAAAACAGAGUCACUGUGGCAAAGUAUUACUGGAGAGCCACCUGCUGCCUAAAGAACAAUCAGUACACAGGGAUGGGCUACUAUGGACCGGACAAAAAUGGCGAAGUGCAGAAAUUAACAAUAACAAAUCUCAAGAAGAAGCUCAAUGAUGUUUACCAAAUAUGCUUUUUUCCAAGUAUACCACCACCACCAAAUCAACCGUUGAAAAAACCUAGAAUUGUAUAUACAUGUGACUGUUCCACCUAAUCAGAAGCUCAGUCCACCCUGGCUGCCACCUAACAGCCAAUCACGAAAAUUGGAGUGAUAUUCAGUUGAUUUUUUUUUUUUCUUAGUGCUUGCAUGCCAAAAGAUUUUAAUAUUGUAUAUAGUUUUCGCUCUAUCAACAUGCAGGGUGUUGAAAUCGCUUUUGCGCUGUUUACUUUCACUUUUGAUCUCUUUUUGUCACUGACCGCGACAAACAACGUAAAUAUUACAUGAGUGGUUAAACGAUUGCAGAAAUGUUAUUUAUUUUAAGGGUUUAAAGUGUAGUUAACAUUAUGUUGUUUAACAUUAUGUAGCAGAAAUGCAGCAGAAAUCACACAGAACGGAACUAAUUUCUAUAAAAAUGCUAAAUGUCAGCGAAGGCGGUGCAGCAGUGGGCAAGUAAUGUAAUCAGUGUAUGACCAUACACCAUGUAACACCAACCCCAGGUGAAAAAAAAAAAAAAAAAAAUGUGCAG